UGAAAAACUCUCUCUCUCUCUCUCUCUGUGUUUGUCACGUUCCGUCGUGGGUGGGUGGCUCGGUUUCUAUCCGUUUAAAAAUGUGAUUGUGUUACAAAAAUCUUGUAAAAAACCCAGACCCUUUCUCUCUCUCUCUCUCUCUCUGAUGUAAAUAAUUGUUCAUUUCCACUCUCCAUCUUUCUAUCUCUAAAAGUUUUUUGAAAAGUAUUUAUUUUUCUAUAAUAAAUCCUCUGCGUGUGUGAGUGUGUGUGUCAGAACAGUAGAGGAAGAAGAGUCGCAAGGGGAAUCCCAAUCAUAGGAAAGAAAAAGGAGAGCAAAAAAGUGGAGGAAAAAUUGGAGAAUGAAUGGUCUACCACAUCUUGAACCAGAUCACUCUGAGUUUGUUGAAGUUGAUCCAACUAGCAGAUAUGGCAGAUACAAUGAAAUCCUUGGCAAAGGAGCUUCAAAGACAGUUUACAGGGCAUUUGAUGAGUAUGAAGGAAUUGAAGUUGCUUGGAACCAGGUCAAGCUUUAUGAUUUCCUGCAAAGCCCUGAAGAUCUUGAAAGACUCUACUGUGAGAUUCAUCUCCUGAAGACAUUGAAGCACAAGAACAUUAUGAAAUUCUACACUUCGUGGGUAGACACUGCAAAUAGGAACAUCAAUUUUGUGACUGAAAUGUUCACUUCUGGCACUCUGAGGCAGUAUAGACUAAAGCACAAGAGAGUUAACAUUAGGGCAGUAAAGCACUGGUGUAGGCAGAUCUUGAGAGGGCUUCUCUAUCUUCAUAGCCAUGACCCUCCUGUGAUCCACAGAGAUCUGAAGUGUGACAAUAUCUUUGUCAAUGGGAACCAAGGGGAAGUGAAGAUUGGUGAUCUCGGCCUCGCUGCGAUUCUCCGGAAGUCGCAUGCGGCUCACUGUGUUGGGACUCCAGAGUUUAUGGCUCCUGAAGUUUAUGAGGAGGCUUACAAUGAGUUAGUUGACAUUUACUCAUUUGGGAUGUGCAUCUUGGAAAUGGUUACUUUUGAAUAUCCAUAUAGUGAAUGCACUCAUCCUGCUCAGAUUUACAAGAAAGUUAUUUCGGGGAAAAAGCCAGAUGCUUUGUACAAAGUGAAGGAUCCAGAAGUGCGGCAAUUUGUGGAGAAAUGCUUGGCAACUGUCUCUCUAAGGCUUUCUGCUAGGGAGCUUUUGGAUGACGCUUUUCUCCAAAUAGAAGAUUGUGAAUAUGAUUUGAGAACAGUAGAUUAUGGUAGAGAACUAGAAGACACCAGUACUCUUAUAAGGCAGCCUCUCCUCAAACUUCAUCACAGUAAUAGUGCCUAUAGUAAUGGAUACACAAAUGAUUAUGCUUUAGAAGCUGAAAAUGAAUGGGGCUAUCAUCCAGUUGAGAUUGCACCAAAUGGAAUCGAACUUUUCGAGUACCAUGAUGACGAACAUCCCGAAGAUGAACAUGUCGACAUAAGUAUCACGGGGAAAAAGAGAGGAGAUGGUGGCAUCUUUUUAAGACUUAGAAUUUCAGAUAAAGAAGGCCGAAUCCGAAACAUUUAUUUCCCGUUCGACAUUGAGACGGAUACAGCAUUAAGUGUGGCAACUGAAAUGGUUGCAGAACUGGACAUUACCGACCAGGAUGUGACCAGAAUAGCAGAUAUGAUUGAUGGAGAAAUUGCUUCCUUGGUUCCUGAAUGGAGGACAGGGCCAGGAAUAGAGGAAACACCCCGCUUUGCUAAUCAAGGCUUGUGUCAUAAUUGUGCUUCCAACCAUACCUCUAGUGGCUCCUUCAUGUGUUUUCUGUCAAAUAAUCUUCAAUGCUGUAAAAAUGGAUGUGCUGCUUCAAUGCACGGGCGGUUCGAGGAGAUCACAUUUCAAGCUGAGGAGUCUGAGCAUCAUGUGAAAGAGGGUGACUUGGAUUAUCAUGAAAUCUGGGGUCAGCAUGAAAUCCCUGAAAUUAGGUCAGUUGGCUCUGGACAGAUCCCUUCUUAUGAAGAAUAUGAGAAACUGGAGCCCAUUCUUUCUCAUUUAUCAGGCUCCCAUUCUUGCUCCUUGAAGCCCUCAUUAUAUUGUGACAUGUCAGAAAACUUUGAGAAAGAAACCCAGCAGGAAUUAAGAUGGCUCAAAGCAAAGUACCAAAUGGAGCUGAGGGAACUUCGAGAUCAACAGCUACUACAUCCAUCAAAGUCUUCAACUUGUGGAAAUGGGGAACACAAAAUAGAAAAUGGGUUUUCGACGUCUCCCAUGAACAAUGGAUCUCCCAUGAAAUCCUCUGCUCAUGUCAAUAAGAGCUGCCCCACUUUGGAAACCCUAAGGGCCCGAAAUUGCGAGGCGAUGAAGGGUUCCUGUAAUGCAGAGGAUGUGGCCACUGCCAAGAGUUUCUACACUGGUUCUCUACUUCCUCACUCUCUUCACAGGACAGUUUCUCUCCCAGUUGAUGCUGUUGAUUUAUAAAUGUGUCAGCCACUCUGAAUUCUUUUAUAUCUAUAUAUUAUAUAAUUCCCUUAUACUCAUAGAGGCUGUAACAUUUACAUCAAAAUCCACCCUUUUUCCCCACUCUCUCUUGAUUACACUAUGAAUAGCGACCACAUAUAUGGUGUAUCAAAAUAAAUAGUGGUGAUGGGUGUUCCUAUUGAUUGGUGCUUGAAGGAUCUCAACUGUGAUGAGUCGGUUGACUUUUAUCUCCACACAUUGUGUCCAACACAGCCAUAUUUGUAGUGGUAGGAUCUUCAAGUGCGGCGACUUGGAUGAGCACAAAACCGUGAUGGAUAUAAGCACAGAUUUGAACAACAAAGGUUGGUAGGGUCCCCUAGUAUAAAGACUUGGUUCAACUUCACUCGGUGUCGAUGUUACAGCGUAUAUCACCAUUUUAUCGCAAUUCGUUUUCACGUGUCA